CGGGGAGGCGAGGGGAGGCGGGGAGCCCGGCCGCCAGUGCUCAGGGUCCGCCUCUGACUGCGGCGCGGCGGGGCGAUGUGUGAUUACCAUGGCGAGGAGUCUCUGUCCGGGGGCCUGGCUAAGGAAACCCUAUUACCUCCAGGCUCGCUUCUCGUAUGUGCGGAUGAAAUAUCUUUUCUUUUCCUGGUUGGUGAUUUUUGUUGGAAGCUGGGUUAUAUAUGUACAAUACUCUACCUAUACAGAGCUAUGCAGAGGAAAGGACUGUAAGAAAAUAAUAUGUGACAAGUACAAAACUGGAGUUAUCGAUGGGCCUGCAUGCAACAGCCUUUGUGUUACAGAAACUCUUUACUUUGGAAAAUGCUUAUCAACCAAGCCCAACAAUCAGAUGUAUUUAGGGAUUUGGGAUAAUCUGCCAGGUGUUGUGAAAUGUCAAAUGGAACAAGCACUUCAUCUUGAUUUUGGAACUGAAUUGGAACCAAGAAAAGAAAUAGUUCUAUUUGAUAAGCCAACUAGGGGAACUACUGUACAGAAAUUCAAAGAAAUGGUCUACAGUCUCUUUAAAGCUAAGUUGGGUGAUCAAGGAAACCUCUCUGAACUGGUUAAUCUCGUCUUGACGGUGGCUGAUGGAGACAAAGAUGGCCAGGUUUCCUUGGGAGAAGCAAAAUCAGCAUGGGCACUUCUUCAAUUAAAUGAGUUUCUUCUCAUGGUGAUACUUCAAGAUAAAGAACAUACCCCCAAAUUAAUGGGAUUCUGUGGUGAUCUCUAUGUAAUGGAAAGCGUUGAAUAUACCUCUCUUUAUGGAAUAAGCCUUCCAUGGGUCAUCGAACUUUUUAUUCCAUCUGGAUUCAGGAGAAGCAUGGAUCAGUUGUUCACACCGUCAUGGCCUAGAAAGGCUAAAAUAGCCAUAGGACUUCUAGAAUUUGUGGAAGACGUUUUCCACGGCCCAUAUGGAAACUUCCUCAUGUGCGAUACUAGUGCCAAAAACUUAGGAUAUAAUGAUAAGUAUGAUCUGAAAAUGGUGGACAUGAGAAAAAUCGUGCCAGAGGCAAACCUGAAAGAACUUAUUAAGGACCGUCACUGUGAGACUGAUUUGGACUGUGUCUAUGGCACGGAUUGUAGAACUAGCUGUGAUCAGAGUACCAUGAAGUGUACUUCCGAAGUGAUACAACCAAACUUGGCAAAAGCCUGUCAGCUACUCAAAGACUACCUGCUGCGUGGUGCUCCAAGUGAAAUUCGUGAAGAAUUAGAAAAGCAGCUUUAUUCUUGUAUUGCUCUCAAAGUCACAGCAAGUCAAAUGGAAAUGGAACAUUCGUUGAUACUAAAUAACCUAAAAACAUUACUGUGGAAGAAAAUUUCCUAUACAAAUGACUCUUAGUUCAGUUGGACAUUGUUACCAUUAUAGGAAACUUCUAAAAAAAAACUUUGAGCAUUUUUUAGAAUGGCUUCUGAUUCAGAGUUCCCUGCCAGUUCCACGAAACUCCUUUCCUCUGGGCUUAGUGAAGCCACCAAGUUAAAAUAUGGUUACUCACUGGCAGGUGUAGGAUCAACAGGUCCAAAGGAUUUCAUUCCUGCCCUUUUUUUUUUUUAAGAUGCUGUUACAUUUCUCAGUGCAUUCACUGUGUAACUAAAAAAAAAAAAAAAAA